AUGGAUCCAUUGGUUGGUGGGAAGUUCAAGCUUGGUCAAAGCUUGGAAGUGGAUCCUUUUGGUGAAAUCUUUCUAGUCUCCCUUUUGAUUACUCACGGUGACAACAAGAAAGAUGAACAUAAGAGCCCUAAACCUCUCUCACCACUCUCUGACCGUGCUACUGGAUUAUUCAGUCCCCAUGAUGGCUCUGGAACCAGCACUGUUUCUUCAUCCACUGGGAGGAACUCCAACUCCUUGCCCGUUAGAGAAAACAACCUCAGAGAGUUCACCGUUACUGAUCUCAAAUCCGCUACAAAGAACUUCAGCCGCUCUGUUAUGAUUGGGGAAGGCGGUUUUGGUUGUGUCUACUGGGGAGCUAUCAAGAGCUUAGAUGACCCUUCCAAGAAAAUCGAAGUUGCAGUGAAACAGCUUGGCAAGAGAGGGUUGCAGGGUCAUAAAGAGUGGGUGACGGAAGUGAAUUUUCUAGGGGUAGUGGAGCAUCCAAACUUGGUGAAACUGUUGGGUCAUUGUGCAGAAGAUGAUGAACGUGGAAUCCAAAGACUCUUGGUUUAUGAAUAUAUGCCGGACCAAAGCGUUGAGUUCCACUUAGCUCCACGUUCACCCACUGUACUUACUUGGGAUCUAAGACUGAGAAUAGCACAAGACGCAGCUCGGGGUUUAACAUACCUCCACGAAGAAAUGGACUUCCCAAGUAAGAAACAUGAAAUCAUAUUCCGUGAUUUCAAGUCCUCAAACAUUCUAUUAGACGAGGACUGGAAAGCAAAGCUUUCGGAUUUCGGGUUGGCUCGUUUAGGUCCUGAACCUGGAUCAACUCAUGUUUCUACUGGUGUAGUUGGAACAAUGGGUUACGCAGCUCCAGAAUACAUCCAAACAGGUCGUCUCACAUCAAAAAGCGACGUGUGGGGCUACGGAGUUUUCAUCUACGAGCUCAUUACAGGAAGGAGACCGCUAGACAAGAACAGACCCAAAGGAGAGCAGAAGCUUCUUGAAUGGGUGAGACCUUACUUAACUGACACAAAGAAGUUUAGGCUCAUAAUAGACCCGAGGCUUGAAGGCAAAUACUUGAUCAAACCAAUCCAGAGACUAGCAGUUGUAGCCAACCUUUGCCUUGCUAGGAACCCGAAGGCACGUCCAAAGAUGAGUGAGGUUGUGGAGAUGGUUACAAAGAUUGUGGAAGCUUCUUCGCCUAGGAGUGGUGGUGGCAAGAAGCAGCUGCUGCUUCCACUUAGGAGUCUAAACGCUUCUAGAGAUGAGGAAGAGAAGAGCAAGAAGGUUGUUGAUGGUGGGGAAGGAGGUUGGUUGAAAAAAUUAUGGAAUCCGAAGAAUGUGAGAGCUUGUUGA